AUGUCGACCCGAGCCACAGCAGGCCGGCAUGUGCGCCAACGGAAGCUAAACACCAAGCAACCCCUGCGCAUCCUGCGUGAAGGUGAGCUUGAAGAUACUUACGAUGAUGAGUCGCAACGGAAUUUCCCCCAGGUGGAGACAGGUGUUGAGAAGGGAGAGGAAAUUGAGUACCAUCUUCAAGCAGUGAUAAAUGCAGCCAACGCAGCAGCGCUCGGCGCAAAGUCCCAGCAGCAGAGCUUCAUUCCCACACCAGACGCCGUCAGAGCAAAAGGUGUAAAGUAUGACGACCUCUACCCGAAAGCGUUCAAGGAGCCUUCGACGUACAUUCGCUUCAGUUCAACUGUAGAGGACUGCGUCGGCGUUCCCUACUGCAUGAAUGACAGUGAUGCCGCCUUCCUUGGCCAGUUGAAUGACGGCAAGGACGUCAACGGCCAGCCAAGGAAAGACAAGCUCAGCCAGUGCUCGGAGGACACCUUCGAGGAGGUGCUGAACUUCUUCGAGGAGAGCAGCGCCCGCCUGCAGCCUUUCGCUAAUGUGGAGACUGCGCAAAUCCCAACACUCGAAGAGAUGGAUGCCUCCACUGAAGAGUCAAUCUCGGCCGAAGCGCACCAAUGGUUGAAGCCAAUCUACCAGUAUUGGGUCUCGAAGAAGGGCAAUCGUCCGCUGAUGCCGGCGAUCAAGGUGCGUGUGCUCGAGGCCACAAACGAAGCCGAUGACGCAGACCCAUACAUCUGCUUCCGGCGUAGGGAAGUCCGGCAGACGCGCAAGACCAGAGGUCGAGAUGCGCAAGUCGUCGAAAAGCUCAAGAAGCUCAGACUGGAGCUCGAACAAGCCCGGCAGCUGGUCCAUAUGGUGGUCCAGCGAGAACAGCUGAACAAAGAGGAUCUGGAAGUCUCGCGCAAGGUCUUCGAAGAGCGCCGUAAACUCAAGGAUGUCAAGGUCAAUAAACAGAUCAUCGGCGAGAAGGGCGAGGACGAAGAGCUGCUGGUCAAUCAAAAGCCAGCGCCCAAGCCCAAAGCAAGGCAGGAUACCGAUCGACGUCCUGCAAUGAUCCGGAUACGUUCUGGUGGCGACCGAGCGCCAGAGAACGAUCUUGUCCAGCUUUCCGACAUCCAGGCAGAAUCUGAAACCAAGCUGCAACAACAGAUCGAUUCCAAGAAAGAGCAGCAUCGCCGGUGGAACGACCACUGGGUUGACCAGACUUGGCGGCCUAUCACGCCACCACUGGAGUCGCCGGAUGAUCCUCCUCGAUGGCAACCACUGCUUUUUCCUGAAGGACCAUAUCCGUCACCACCUCCGACUGUGCCUUCAGAAGGUUCUCAAGAUCGGGAUCAGGAUGUGGAGAUGACAGAUCGUCCGGCCAUCAAGGAGGAGGAUGCGACUGCCGGUGCUCCCGUCUUUAACCAUGAGCCAGAGUUUGUGUUCCAUAUCCCAGGCGCAUAUCCGGCGGAUGAAGAGCUUGUCGCCCCAAUCAAGCGUGACCCGGCUCCAGCCUGCCGUCUUCGAUACGGUCGUGGGGGUCGAUGCUAUCUCGAGGCCAGGAGAAAGCGACCACUGGGAGUCAUCAGCAGUGGCGUCGUCUCGGACUCGGACAGUGACGACGAGAUGGAGGAUUACUACCCCGUCGACAGCCAAAAGGUGUUCGAGUUCCGGGUCUCGACGAAUGUGCGGUCGCGUCCAGAAGGCAUGGGCGGUGAGCGGAGACAUCAUCCGAGUGGUGACCAGUCUUCGAUGGCAGUCAGUGCGUCUGGUGGUCAGUCGCGCACUUUGCAGCAGCAGGCUUCGGCUGGUAGCGCUUCUUGA